GGGAGUGCGUCCUCCAUGGGGAAUGUAUUCUCCAUGCGCGCGGCUUACCCUCUGCGUCGUUUGUGAGCCACGUUUCUCGCGCGUCGAUAGCCGCGACUUCGAGGUUAUGAACGGUGUUUGUAUAUAAUGUCCCGCAGGUGACGAGGUAACAUCUGCGAGGAUCCUCGCCGUGGUACGAUGAUAACUUGUGCGGCCAGCGGCUGUCUCUCCGUUCCAAGCGCGCGAAUAGACGGCAACCCGAUCGCGUUCUUCCCCUUCCCAGACGACGAUCUGAAAAAGGAUCAAUGGCUCCGCAACUGCGACCUGUUGCCCGGCCAUAAGGAACCGCUGCACCUCUGCGAGCUCCACUUUGAGAGAGUCCACUUCUCCACGUCCGGAGACCUCAAGUACACCGCCGUUCCUACUCUGUUCGGUACAACAAGAGAGUCACCGAGAAAGCAACAAGCGAAGAACACGUUGCAAACGACGCCAUCGAAACAGAGGAAGUUGGAUGAGCAUUCACAUGCUUUGGUGACGCCACCGCAGAGCCCAUCCAUGCAGGAUAAUACUGAGGACUUGCUUAAGUCGGAAAGUAAAACAGACACGUCGAUGGAUCAUGUAAUAGCUAUAAACGGUUCCGCCAUAUCGACAUCCAUAACGCAAGAUAAUUUGGGGAGCCUGAAGACGUAUCGUUUGAUAAUACAGAUUGAUAAAAUACGAAGUAAACCAGCGCCGAAGUGUAAAAAGAUACCGCCCCCGAUAACGCUCAGUAACGACACGAGGGAUCUAAGGAGCGAGAGCGGUGCGGGAAAGAAACUUCGGCCACUGAACAUUAGGCAGUCCUGCGCCAAGGGUAGCUGCAAGCUGAAAAAAUGUAUAUACCAAUCGAAGCUAGCGUUUCAAUGCGAGUUGUGUGAUAAGUACUACUUUCCCAAGACGGAGGAAACCAAGAGCUACUCGUGCAGCAAAUGUCCCAAGACUUUUUCUACCCCGCAAUUGUUAUACACGCACAUCAGAAAGCAUUUUAUGUGCGAUAUCUGUCUAACGGAAUGUAGCAAACAAGUGGCGUUUGACAAGCAUGUAAAAUUGCACGUUAGCACCGACCCGCUGUAUCCAUACAAGUGUCAUCAGUGUUUUAAGAUAUUCGAUGCGAAAGAGGGCGUUAAGCAGCACUGCCUGCUAGAACAUCCUAAAAUUGGUAUACAAAACUUCCUUCAGGUCUCGACACCUUCCGUGGCUGCAAUAGUCCCUCAACAAUAUGAUUAUGUAUGCAUGAAUUGCAAUAUUAGUUUCACAAACGACCAAGCUUACAGGAAUCAUAUAAGUUCUCAUGGAAAGAAAGACAGCUUUACGUGUAACAUCACAAGUGAGCCCAACAACAUAAUACCUGUACCGAAUCCUUUAACCGGGAGUCAAAUGGGCUUUCUUCAAGCGGUGAAGUUCAGUUGUCGUGUGUGCUCUAAACAGUUUGACAAUGUUGCUGAGGUCGACUCGCACACAAGGACUCAUCUGGACGAACCCGAGGAAGAUCUCAAAUGUAACAUAUGUAAGAAGCUUUUCAAGAGCAACGCGGCAUUCAGCGAGCAUCUGAAGCAUCACUUGUCGCGCGCGCAUCCCUGUCCAGUUUGCUCGAAAGCCUUCAUCAAUAAAACUACUUUGAACAUACACCUAAAGACGCAUCCUGCACAGCCGUCGCAGUAACAGGAUUUUACUUUGACGCUUUAUUAUAGGUAUUUUUCGUAAACGCAAUCUUCAAAAGACUCUCAUGUGAAAUAUAAUAGUUACAAAAUUAGUGUCAAUUUGUUACGUCAUUUAUGGUACGUGUGACACGUUGAAUUUUAGUAAUCAAAAUGUUAUUGAGAUUUACACACAUGUUUCUGCUUGUCAAACAUUAAAUCCAAUAACAAAAUGCAAGUGGGACUCUUUCAUUUUAAAUCAAAUUAUUAUGUAUUUGCGUAUAAUUUUUUUAUGACAAAAAAACUUUGAUUUAUUGUUAAUUAACAUCGCUUAUUUUAGAAUUAGAAUAUAAUUACUUGGUCCAUGUACUACCAUACCGCGCAUUUAUGGUGGUGUGGGUGUUAUCGAGUUGUAGGGCGCACCACAAUGGGAUCAGGCAUGUCCGUUGCAUUGCAAAAGACUAUCAGAUUCUAUCCUCUUCCCGUAACAGCUCGGCAACAGCCAAAGCAAUAGGACAAGGUGGUGGGGGAUAGUAGUAGCGCGGUCCAGUAGUAUAUGGUCCAAGUUUGAUUAUCACUUGUGAAAAAGUUUUCAUGAAUUUUAUUUUAUAUCGAUUAUAUGCUCGGUAAAUCUUGAAAGGAAUACCCUCAGCUCCCUCACAUAGAACUAUGCUAGGUUCUAUGCUAAUAAUAAGUUUGAAAUACAGUUUAAUUACACCACUAGAAACAGGAAAGUACAUACGCUUGUAAAUAUGAAGUUUACGUGUUAGGUGAAUAUUACAUUUUUAUUUACAACUUUUAAUAGUUACAUCGGUUUUUUUUAAUGUGUGCAUAUUGUGUACAAUCUAUAUAAAACAAAACUUAAGAGCAUACAUAGUGUAUGUCUGUAUUAUUCUAUGCAAGAAAUAAAUAUUAUAUUACUGCA